GCUGCGGCUGGAGAGGCGCUGCCGGAGCUGCCUCCGGGAGGUUGGUGCAGCUUUGCCUUGGGAUUCGCAGCCCGCCGCGGACGGUUGCAGAAACUCAGCCGAUUUGGUGUCUGCAUUAUGAGGAGCCGUUGAUGCGAACGACACCCUGAUGUCCCAGCUGGAUUACUGAGCUGCUGUGUGAUUCCUGGAGCUGCUGCUGCUGCUGUUGGAAUAAGGAGCCGUCCUUAGCUCUUGGCCCGUCCCAGAAGCACCUCCUGGGUGCUGCAUGCAAGUCCUGGACGUGCUGGAAACGAUGGGGAUUGGCAAGAACACCACGUCCAAAACGGUGGAGGCGGGAGGCUCCACAGAGGGCAAAUACGAGGAUGAGUCCAAACACCCCACGUUCUUCACGCUGCCUGUGGUGAUAAAUGGUGGAGCCACAUCCAGUGGUGAUCAGGACACGGAGGACACGGAGCUGAUGGCUAUCUACACUACAGAGAAUGGCAUAGCAGAGAAGAGCUCCCUGGCAGAGACCCUGGACAGCAGUGGCAGUUUGGAUGCCCAGAGGACUGACAUGAUUUACACCAUUGAAGAUGUUCCUCCUUGGUACCUCUGCAUCUUUCUGGGCUUGCAGCACUACCUGACGUGUUUCAGCGGGACCAUCGCCGUGCCCUUCCUGCUGGCCGAUGCCAUGUGCGUGGGCUUUGACCAGUGGGCCACCAGCCAGCUCAUUGGGACCAUCUUCUUCUGCGUGGGCAUCACCACCCUGCUGCAGACCACCUUUGGCUGCAGGUUACCCCUGUUCCAAGCCAGUGCUUUUGCUUUCUUAGCACCUGCCAGAGCAAUUCUCUCUCUGGAGAAGUGGAAGUGCAAUAACACAGAUCUAACAGUUACAAAUGGGACAGCAGAGCUGCUGCACACGGAGCACAUCUGGUACCCCCGGAUACGAGAGAUCCAAGGUGCCAUCAUCAUGUCCUCGCUGAUCGAGGUGGUGAUCGGGCUGCUGGGGCUGCCCGGGGCUCUGCUGCGCUACAUCGGCCCCCUGACCAUCACCCCCACCGUGGCCCUCAUCGGCCUCUCGGGCUUCCAGGCUGCUGGGGAGCGAGCUGGCAAGCACUGGGGCAUCGCCAUGCUGACUAUUUUCCUAGUGUUGUUGUUUUCUCAGUACGCCAGAAAUGUCAAAUUUCCCUUGCCCAUUUACAAAUCCAAGAAAGGAUGGACAGCAUACAGGCUGCAGCUUUUCAAGAUGUUCCCUAUCAUCCUGGCCAUCCUGGUGUCCUGGCUGCUGUGCUUCAUCUUCACCGUGACGGACGUGUUUCCCCCGGACAGCUCCAAGUACGGCUUCUACGCGCGCACGGACGCGCGCCGCGGCGUGCUGCUGGUGGCCCCCUGGUUCAAGGUGCCCUACCCCUUCCAGUGGGGGCUGCCGACCAUCUCUGCCGCGGGCGUGAUCGGGAUGCUGAGCGCCGUCGUCGCCAGCAUCAUCGAGUCCAUCGGGGAUUACUACGCCUGUGCCAGGCUGUCCUGUGCUCCUCCUCCACCCAUCCAUGCCAUAAACAGGGGGAUUUUCAUCGAGGGUCUCUCCUGUGUUCUGGACGGAGUGUUUGGGACGGGGAAUGGAUCCACCUCUUCCAGCCCCAACAUUGGGGUCCUGGGCAUCACAAAGGUUGGCAGCCGCAGGGUGAUCCAGUACGGAGCGGCCUUCAUGCUGCUGCUGGGCAUGGUGGGCAAGUUCAGCGCUCUCUUCGCGUCGCUGCCCGACCCCGUGCUGGGGGCUCUCUUCUGCACCCUCUUCGGGAUGAUCACGGCCGUGGGUCUGUCAAACCUGCAGUUCAUCGAUCUGAAUUCUUCUCGGAAUCUCUUUGUUCUCGGAUUUUCCAUUUUCUUCGGGCUCGUCCUCCCGAGCUAUCUCAAGCAGAACCCUCUGGUCACAGGAAUAGCAGGCAUUGACCAGGUGUUGAACGUGCUGCUCACCACAGCCAUGUUCGUCGGGGGCUGCGUCGCCUUCAUCCUGGAUAACACCAUCCCAGGGAGCCCUGAAGAAAGGGGAAUACGGAAAUGGAAGAAAGGGGUUGGUAAAGGAAGCAAAUCCCUGGAUGGCAUGGAGACGUACGAUCUGCCUUUUGGCAUGAACUUCAUUAAAAAAUACAGGUGUUUCAGCUUCCUGCCCAUCAGCCCCACCUUCAUGGGAUACACGUGGAAGGGCUUCAGGAAAAGCAGCAACUGCAGGAGUUCAGACGAAGACUCAGAAGCUACAGUAUAGCCUUAGCUGAAAUCAUGUUAUCUAGUUGUAGUUAAAGAUGUAUUUGCAGUUUCUUGCUGAUUAAGAAGCAUUAAAAUAUAUGUUUUGUAUAUCUGCAUUUAAAUUCUGGAACCAGAGCUGAGACAGAUUUAAAAAAAAAAAAAAAGAAAAAAAAAAAAAAGCUUUUCCUGCUGUGGGUGGUGGGAGCCAGGUCCAGUGUCUCUGGGGCAAAUCCCACUGAUUUUGGGAAGUUGUAGAGAGCUGUGCACCUAAGUCUGUUUGGUUUCAAUGGGUUUAGGUGGAGGUGUGGAGGUGCUGCUGCAGACUUUUUGUUUUUAUGGUGAUUUUAUUAAAGCCCUCAGUGUUGGUUGUGCCAGGAAAGCUGAACCUUGAAGAAGGAGGGGGGGGAAAAAAAAAUAGAGAAAAGGAAAAUUUUUUCCUUCUGAUCAUGUCAAAUCCCAUAGACGCUGUCCUGCUACUCAGUGAUUUGCACAUUCCAUGUUCUCAGCGUCCUGGAAACCAGGCUCAGCUGAUGCUUGCAAAUCACGAGAGUUUAAUUCUGAAUUAUCUGUGAUUUCAGUGACACAUCCAGUGCUCAGACAGGAAGUUUCUGGAAUAACUUUGCCCUCGGAAACUGUGACAGGCUCAGCUGGCACAGUGCUGCAGCAGCCACUUACUUUAUUCACAGCACUUCUCAUUUCUGAACGUUUGCUUUCCCCACCUGGGAUUCUCCCAGCUCACCGCAGUGUCCAGGAUUUCCUUACACACGCGGCUGGGGUGUUCCAGGGCUGGGAAACCUGAACUCAGACGGGGCCUGGAGGCAGCGUUUCGGUUCGGUGCCCGUGUCCAGCACCAUGUUUCCUGGCCAGAAAUGCUAAUUAGCUGAGCAGCUCCGAGCAAUUAACAGUUGUUCCCUGCAGGGAAAGCCGCGUGCUCCGAACGCUGCCGGCGCUCCUGGCUGGGGUCUGAGCGGGGUUUUUAUUGCUGCUGCUGCACGAGGCUCGCUCUUCUCCUCUUGUGGGCCUUCUCCAGAAGCUGAUUCCUGCUGGGAAGGGGGUUUGGGCCAGCAGAGACACUGCACCUGCCAGCCCCACCCAUGGCUGGGUUCACGGGUAUUGGGUCCAAUCAGGGCACCACUCAGAUAAUCUUUUUGUGUUUUUUUUCCUGGAAUAGUCUCAGCUCUGCUGUUUAUGUGGGUGUUCACGCUCAUCAUGCAUUCAUGAUUAACAGUUUGAUUCCUGUUUAAUGUUCUUAACCUAUUGCAAGUUAGUUUUAGACUACAGUGUGGCCCCAAAAGCGUUUUCAGCUGUGGAGAUCAUCAGGGAAAUGUUGUGUAAUGUAAUUUCAAGGCCAGUAAUGCUCUACGGUGCUUGCGUUCUGUAUUCCUGGAAAACCCUAACAGUAGCUCCUGUAAGCCCCUGAUGUGUUUCUCCAAGUUUGACUACUGGACAGGAGCACGGGAACUCUGUUACUCUCCGAGUCUGCUCCCAGGGGAAUUCGUUCUGGGUUAUUGAAGCAUGGCCGGGUUGGGGUGGGGAGGGCAAGGACAGAGCUUGACGGAUCAGUACUGAGUAGUGUAGAGUCGGAAUGAUUCCGUGGAUAUCGUUCUCAGCAUGCCAUGGCUGUUCCCUUCCCAGAAACUGUUUAAUCCCGCUUUUCCCAUGUCCAAGCAUGCCUUUGUUCCUGCUUCCUUCGGGGAACUUUCAGUAGUUUGCAGUCUUGGUGUCGGUUGGACUCGAGAGCUGGUCGGAAGAGUCGUUGUGUCGUAGACGAGGUUGGUUUGCCUGUGAAACAAAAUCAUUUUUGCUCAUUUUUCAGCGUUUCCUCUCCGGGUGGUGAGGGGUUGGAUCCCCACGCCCCGCCCGCGCGCCGUUCGGGUGCGGGGAUUUCUGAUCGGUGGCACGAAGCUUCCAGAUUCCCCCAGCUUUCUGUGCAAACCAAAGAUGCGUGGCAGACGGGGGGGAGUUGAAAGCAUCCAUCCAAAAGGAAAACAAAAGCCGCCUCUGGUGGCUGUACGACCUGAGGGGUUGUGGUGAUGUCGAGUGCCAAAGUUGGUUAUCCUGUGAAAGGGGAGGAAGGGAGGAAAAAGCUUUGCAUUUCCAGCUCCCUCCAGAGAGAGAAAGGUGUGAGAGCAGAGUUUGUCUCUCACCCUGUUGAGGGAAGUCUGGGUGAGUUCUCAGUGGGGAUUCCCAAGACACUCCAAGUGCCAGGGCAGCAAAUCCCAGGACAGUUCUCUCCUCCCUGGAGCAGAGCACCCCUCCUUCCUCGCGGCACUCCCCGAGCACGUGCGGCCCAGUUAGCUGUUGGAUUUCAUUGUUUCUGCGAUUUCUGCCCAUUCCCCCCGACCGAGAGCAGAGCAGCCCCUGGCCUUGGGGAGCAGCUGCAAUUCAGGGUCGGUUUGGAUCCCAGUUGGGCAGUGGGACAAAUCCCCACCUUCUCCCGGGGUGAACGGUUAAAGGGGAGCCCCGGGCUCUGGAAGGACGCCUGGAUGUGCGGGAAGGGCUGUGAAAUUCCGGGGAGUGCCUGUGCAGAGCUGCUGGCAGGGGUGGCAGAGGAUGGAGCUGCGGCUUUGGGGGGCACGAAACACGAGUUGAGCGUGCUGGGGACGUGCAGGUGUAACCUGACUGCCAGUGCAGUGCUGGAUCUUCCCCUCUGUCCUUCCCUGCCUUUCCAACAGCCAGACUCCCACCACCCAGGGAAGGCGGCAGCUGAGAGUUGAGUGAAGAGGUGAUGAGAGGUUUCAACCAAGUUUUGAGAGGGAAGGGCAAAUAUUCAUGGUAGAAAUCUCAUUUUGUCAUAUCAGAGAUGGUAUCAGUGUAAACAAAGGAAGUAACUCGGGAUUUUUGUAAUUGAUAUUCUCUUGUAUUUUUUUUUUUUUUUUUUUUAGGUUAAAUUAAGGGUUCUUGCUGACAUGUUAAAACACGUUUUCUAAAGCAAAUACUUGCAAAUUAUGCCUAUAGAAAUUUAGGUUUGGUAGCUGACAGCUAUGACUGAUUUAACAUUGUCAUACUGGAGGGACUUCACCACGUACCUCGCUCAGAAAGCUCAACCUUUUCAACCCCCAAUUUGCUUUUUAUUGCCUUUUAAUACUGACUUGAAAUAUGACAACUUGGUUUGUACAUGAAUAUUGCAGUAUUUUAUUUCCAUAUAUUAAGAAAAUAACAUUUCCGCUCAGGAUGACGGCAGCGCUUUUCCUGGGAGGGAGUGGUAUGAGUGUCAUGACAAUGUCAUGUGAUGGUAGAAUUUCUUCAUUGACGAAUCUGUAGUGGUUGUGUAUACUUUAUUUACCCAUGUUUGUGUUCCUACCCAAAACUGGAGGGUUUUGUUCUUUCCUCCCUGCUGAGUCCUCGGGGCUCCUGGGGGGCAGAAUUGGAGAAGAACCCCCUCAGUGGCGCCCUGAGGAGCACCAGUGAGUGUGACCCGUCAUUUACACCCCAAAACCCUGGGGAUCCUGUCAUUUGGGGUGCAAACAGCACUCCAGGCACUCGUGGUGGCAGACCCUCGGUGUCUGCUGAGCCCUUGGAUGCCUCCAGCCCACCUCAGCUUGCCAGAAUUGCUGGGUCGAUGUGUGAAACGCCUGCGUGAGACCAGCACCACCUUCACCUUGCUUCUUUGUGGCCUUCUUCAACCAAAAGCGGCUUUUUUUUUUUUUUUUUCCCCCUUUUUCCUUUCAUUUUUUGGAGCGGGGGCACUGCUGGGGGGGGGUCACUCGUUUUUUUUGCAGCCGAGUCCCACUCGGUGCAGUUUUUCGGGGGGCUCGGGGCUGUAGGGGGAGGGUUGGGGUGGGUGCUGGAGCCACCCCGAGCGCUCCUGGCUGGAAUUCCCCGGGCAGUGACAUCCAGGGUGGCCUCUGCCCUUCCCGGGCGCUCCUCGUGCUGCCAGUCCAAAUAAUUCCUGUAUUUGUCUGUUUAGAACAACCUCUGGCAUAACAAACUAUUGACUGUUCUUAGGCGGUGGGGAUAAAAUUUGGGUUUUUUCGGUUGGUUUUUUGUUUGUGGGGUUUUUUUUUUUUUCCCCCAUGACUUUUUGUGACUGACUUUGGCUGUAAAACUUUUUUUGUUAAACAGCAAAAGUUUAUUUUGGGGUGGGUUUGUUUGAUUUUUUUUGUUGUUGUUGUUCUUGUUUCAAGAUGUGUGAUUCUUUUACAGAGUUGUGUUUGUUUUUUUUUUUUUUUUAAUUAUGAUUCCUUUUUUUUUUUCUAACAUUGCUUCAUUAAACAACUGAAUAUUUAAAAAAAAAAAAGUAAUAUUUGGACCAGAUGUUGUGAAUAAUAGUAGAUAAAGCUAUUUUAUUCUGUAUUUUUAAAGCUGUUCAGUAUAAAUAAA